AUGUUUUAUCAUUCAUUGUUUAGGUACGCUGUUGGCAUUGCAUACAAGUCGGCACCAAAGCAUGAGUGGAUAGGAAAAAAUUCUGCCUCUUGGGUAUUCUGUCGCUGCAACAACAACUGGGCAGUAAGACAUAACAAUAAAGAGAUUAUAAUUGAGCCCUCACCACACCUCCGCCGCAUUGGAAUUUUGUUAGACUAUGAUAAUGGCUCUCUGUCAUUUUAUGAUGCAUUGAACUCUAUUCAUCUCUACACUUUUGAUAUUGCUUUUGCACAGCCUGUGUGUCCAACCCUCACUGUGUGGAACAAGUGUCUGACAAUAUUAACAGGCCUUCCUAUACCAGAUCACCUGGACUGCAUUGAGCAGCUUCAAUGA